AUGAAAUUUUUAGUGAGCGUUUUCCUUAUAUUAUGCUUUGCGUCCACCUUGAUCAUUGUGAUGGUCACAAUGGAACCAGCACAGUAUUUGUUCGGAACUCAUGAAUAUUAUAUCCGAGUAAUCAAUGGCUUCACCGACAAUUCUUCUGUGCCUUUGGUUAUUUGGUGUUCGUCGGAGGAUAUGGAUCUUGGUGGGCGUGCCCUUCAAGAGCAUGAUGAGUUUAGCUGGAUUAUGAGGCCCAAUUUUUGGAGCAGCAACCACAUGAAGUGCACAAUGAAAUGGGACAACAUAAGGAAGAGUUUUGAUGCAUUUAAGGCUUCUAGGGACACAUAUCGUUGUGGCCUUCAUAGAAUGUGCUCUUGGAUGGUCACACAAGAUGGAUUUUAUUUCAGCAACGAUGAUGUCAAUUGGAGGAAGCAAUUCUUGUGGUGA